AUGGCGCCUCAUCCUCUUAUCAAUAAGCCUGCGCCAGAGUUCUCCAUCCCCGAUGCGAACGGACACAUGUUCAAGUUCCCCCCUGAAGUACAGGGGCUGCAAGUGAAAAAGCCUAUUGCACUGUUCUUCUAUCCCGAGUCAGGAUCGCUUAGUUGCACCCGUGAGGCUUGUCAAUUCCGCGAUGCAUUGACUGGUAGAAAGAUGACUGACGUCCAGGUCAUCGGGAUAAGCCACGAUUCUGUGCCAAAGCAGAAGCAAUUUGUUGAGAGUCAGAACCUUACAUAUCCUGUCUUGAGCGACGAGAAGCACGUUGCCUACAAAGCUUUUCAUGUCGGCAAGAGCUUUCUGGGAUUAACCGAUGCGAGAACAACUUUUGUCAUCGACAAUGAUGGCAUAAUCAGGGAUUCAUUAUCUGAUACAAUGAGUUCCAACGCCCACAUCAAAUUUGCCAUUAGGGCCUUGGGAAAACUGGUGUCUCAACCUUCUGUUGAGUCUUCGUCAAAGAGUCACGACGUUGAUGCAGCACGGUCCGAUGACUCGUCGUUUUCACAAACUCGUGACGAACUAGGUCGGGUUGCGUACGUGGCUGGUGCGUGAUGACUUUGUCCCGUGCUCUUACUUUUAUUGCACUUUCUGUUGGGUAUAUGUAACUAUCGUAUGCAUCAUGCACGAUAAUUGUUAU